GUUUCUUUUUCAGGUGAUCAUCCAAUCCCAGCUAUACAAACAGAUUGCAAAAUAUCUAGGGAAAUAAAAUGAAUGUAGGACACAUCGCAAGCUUAUUUAUCCUCCCCUUGUCUGUCAGAACCCCCUCAAUCACAAACCAAUCACGUUUCUUCAGAAAUCAAGCAAGCACAACUUCGCCAAUAAUAACUUGACCGUCAUUCAUUCCCAUCACAGCCGAAGUACAGACACACAAACCGCCAUUUCCGACUGGUAGCUAUAUCACCGCUCCGGUUUCUCUCUCUUACCACAAGAUAUAUAUUAAAACUCUCCGAUUUUAUUUUCCUGCUGAAAAACCCUAGAGACCGCAAAAGAAAACUCUGAAAAACAACUAAAAAAUUAUUAAACAAAAACGACGGUUUGAAACACUUCAUUUCUGGUGGAGGCUAGCAUGGCCGACACCACCAGGAGCAACAACAAGCGUUUCAACCGCGGAGCCGAGAAGGCGAACGGAGUGGAUGACGGAGAUGGAGAUGAUACGGACGGUGAGGAGUGUGACGUGGAAGUCUGGAAUAAUCUGAGCAAGAGCUUUAAGCAGGCACAAGCCGUACUGGAUCAGAAUCGGGAACUCAUCAAGAAAGUUAACGAGAAUCACCAGUCGAAGAUUCCCGAUAAUCUCGUUUCGAACGUCGGAUUGAUACAGGAGAUCAACGGGCAUAUCUCCAAGGUUGUAGAGAUUUACUCCGAUUUGUCGUUCAAGUUCUCGGAUGUUGUUCGUCAACGGAGCAGGACCAGGAACGGGAAGGUGGACAGCAGGCGCUCUUGAACUGAAUAGAAUGAUUUUCGAUUAAUUUUCGAAAAACCUGCAGCUUCGUCUUUUGAUUACGGUUUGGUCUUUUAUCGUGGUGGUGUCAAUUGGGAUCAAUAAAAAGUUUUGCCGUUUUGUUUGUGUCAUUAUGUCGUUUGUUUUGUUCAAUAACAAGUCAGUUUCAGGUGUGGUUCAGGUUUUACGAGUCAAGGGAUGUGUGUUUAGUUUAAGUCAUCUCUUAAGUCUGAACUGAACUGUGAUUGGACCGUAUUUUGAAAGUUAAUCUUAAGCUGAUGGUGGUUGUGCUUA